CACAUUCAGGGUCUCACAUUAAUCCUUAUGAACACAUGAAGAUCCAAUUCAACCCAGAUGGAAGUUUGAGACGAUUAGCAGAACUCCCUACUCUUGAAGCAUCCAUGGACGAUCCUUACGGGGACACCAGAGGCAUUCUAAGCAAAGACGUUACCCUUAACCCUGAAAAGAAAACCUGGGUUCGUAUCAUCCGCCCUAAACCGGACCAUCUCCAGCCCGGAAUUCGCCUCCCUCUAGUUUUAUACUUCCAUGGUGGUGGAUUCCACACCUUCUCCGCCGGCACCGUCUUCUGCAACAAUCUCUGCGAACGCGCCGCCCGAUUAGUACCUUGCAUUGUCGUGUCCGUGAGCUACCGUCUCGCACCAGAGCAUCGUCUCCCCGCCGCUUACGAAGACGCAGAUGAUGCGUUGAUGUGGGUGAAGCAACAAGCCUUGGACACCAUUAAUGGUGGGGAACCCUGGGUAAGGGAAUUAGCUGACUUUUCUCGUAUUUUGCUUUUUGGGUGGAACAGCGGGGCAAAUAUCGCGUUCAACGCGAGGUUACGAGCGUUGGAUUUGGAUCUUGGACCACUUAAGAUCCUCGGUGUUAUGAUGACUCAGCCUUUGUUCGGUGGGGAAGAGAGGACCCGUUCUGAUCUUAAAUACGCCGAUGAUCAGAUGUUGCCAUUGACGGUGAGCGAUCUGACGUGGGAGAUGGCCCUACCUGUGGGAGCCAAUAGGGAUCAUGAGUAUUGCAAUCCAUGGGCCAGCCCUGAUCUCAUUCAGAAGCUGAGGAAGAUGGGGAAAGUUUUGGUUAGAGGGUAUGGAGGAGAUGUCACCAUUGAUCGACAGAGAGGUUUGGUGGAGCUGUUGGUGAAGAAUGGAGUUAAAGUUGUGGCUCACUUUGACGAUGUGGGUUUCCAUGGCAUCGACCUCAUUGAUUCACGGAGGGCUGUUCUCACACUCAAUUACUUGAAAGAUUUCAUUAAUUCUACCUCUUCCAACUCCUAGU